ACAAAUUUAUACUGAUCUUAGAUCUACACUGAAAGAAAUUGUUCGUGCCAGAAACAGGUUAAGUCAAGAAAACUAAUCUUACAGAGUAAAUAAUGGAAACUGACCUAGGAUAUGCAGACUUAAACAUUCCUGUUGCGAGAACCUCUGAUGCAGGCCUAAGAUCUUUGAUUAAGCGCGCCCUGGAGCUUGGUUAUCAAACAGUUGCUUUAAACACUGUAGUCGACCAGGAGAACUUGAUGACAAAGAAGAAGAAACAGAAGGCUGGUGAACUAAACAAACUUUCGGAGUUUCCUGAACCAACCAUAGUUGAACUGAACCCUGAAGAUUAUCCUCAUCUCCAUUCUCGAGGACUUAAACCUAAAAUACUCACAAGAUUAACCAUUAUGAUCUCGGAUAAUGACUUUUUGAUCCAUUAUAACAAAUCAGAAAUUGUUAAAAAUUAUGAUCUCUUAGCAAUCAUUCCAAAAACUGCACAGUGCCUGAUUUCUUUACUAAAAUCAUCUUUUCGGUUUGACAUUCUCUCUUACACUCCCGACCUCAUUUACUCCGGUGUCAAAUGGCAACGGAAACUUUAUAACGAGUGCAUAGAAAAGUUUAUACAUUUUGAACUUAUGUAUGUCCCUGCUAUAGUAGACAGAGAGGAUAGAAGAAAAACUAUCGGGUUGUCCCACUCUUACCAAUCAAUUGGGAAAUCAAAGAAGAUUUUCUUCUCUAGUUCUGCUACGAAGCCAAUUGAACUCCGGUCUCCAAGCGACGUAUCAAACCUGGCAUUUAUAUUUGGUAUGAACGAGAACCAAGGGAAGGACGCCGUCAAGAAGCACUGUUUGGACAUAUACAAAGCUGCCUUGGGCCGGAAACUCGGUGUGUACAGGGUUAGAGUUGAGAAAAUCCAAGGAGAACCUGUGGAAGAGAGUGGAAGUGAUUCAGAUGGGAUGGAAACAGAUUGAUUUAUAUUUAUUUAUUAUAUUUUCAGAA